AGUUCACUUUUUUUCAUUGGGCCAUCCCUUCCCACGGCCCAGAAGAGUACUGUCUUCCUCCCCGUUCCCUCUACUCCGAGGGUUUUACCUUUGCUAGUUUGCUUAAACCCUCAUGGGAUGUUGAAGCAACCGAAGCUCGUCCAUGGCCAUUUCCGUUGGCUUGGGAUUCUCUUGCCUACCCCAUUUUCCUCUUCACCGUUCCGCUCGAAAGGUUCGACUCAGCUCGGUUGGAGCAUUGGAGACAACUGAUGAACCAGAGAGUCUCGUUAAAGGCAACAGCAACCGCCAUGAGGUUAAUUCCAGUGUAGAAGUAGAUGAAGGUAACUGUAAGGCACCGGAAUGGAAGAGAUUGAGUUCGAAAGACCUUGGGAUCAGUAAUUCUUUGAUUUCCAAACCUUCGAGAGUGGUUUUGGAUCGACUGAAAAAAGAAGGAUUUGAAGUUUACCUUGUCGGAGGUUGUGUACGUGACCUUAUUUUAAAGCGGACACCAAAGGACUUCGACAUAAUUACUUCAGCUGAACUUAAGGAGGUGAGGAGUGUAUUUUCACUAUGUCAUAUUAUUGGACGACGGUUUCCCAUUUGCCAUGUCCAUGUCGAGGAUACAAUUGUCGAGGUAUCGAGUUUUAGCACCUGUGCCACAAAUCAAGACAGUGACUUAGGUUUUGCGUACGAAAGUCCUGUUGGCUGUGACGAGAAGGAUUAUAUGCGCUGGAGGAAUUGCUUGCAGCGCGAUUUCACAAUAAACGGGUUGAUGUUCGAUCCUUGUGCAAAUCUGGUGUACGAUUACAUGGGUGGACUGGAAGAUAUUAAACAAGCUAAAGUUAGGACUAUGAUUCGUGCAAUGGAUUCAUUCCAACAGGAUUGUGCUCGAAUUCUCCGUGCAGUUAGAAUUGCUGCUCGUUUAGGAUUCAGCUUCACUCACCAGACAGGUCGUAGUAUAACAUAUUUAGCCUCUUCAGUUCUAAGACUUGAUAAGGUAAGGAUUCUCAUGGAGAUGAAUUAUAUGCUGGCAUAUGGUUCUGCAGAAGCUUCUUUGAGAUUAUUAUGGAGAUACCGUGUUCUUGAAAUACUUUUGCCAAUUCAAGCAGCAUAUUUUGUUCAACAAGGUUUUAGGAGAUGGGACAGACGAUCUAAUAUGCUUCUGUCUUUAUUUUCUACAAUGGACAAUCUUUUGGCACCCGACCGGCCUUGUCACUGUAGCUUGUGGGUUGGCAUCUUAGCAUUUCAUAAAGCAUUGUCCGACCAACCUAGAGAUCCUUUGGUGGUGGCUGCAUUUUGCCUUGCCGUUCACAAUGGAGGAGAUAUUUCAGAGGCUUUAAACAUAGCAAGGAGUAUUUCUACACCGCAUGACAUCAGCUUUCACGAAUUGUUGCAACCCCAGAAUCUUGAAGUGGAGUCGUUGAGAGAUGAGGUUAUGAAUCUAGCAGCAUCAGUUAAAAACAUUUUGACUAACAUGACUGAUGAGCACUUUGUCUCAAAGGCAAUUUCCAUGACCUCCCUGUACCCUACCGCACCAUAUUCGGAUCUGGUAUUUAUCUCAUUAGACCUGUAUUUGAGAGUGUGCAAGAUGUUUGAAUGUGCAAGGCUGGGAAAGGAAAAGGGAUUUGUUGCCAAACAAGGUAGUAAGAUUGAUUACAAUUUGCUAGCCCUGGGCAGCUUACAAGAAGUUCGGCAUGUGUUUGCGAGGGUUGUUUUUGAUACUGUAUUCCCUCUACACCUGAGUCAAGAUCACAGACCCAGCUGAAUCAUUGUGUGUUAUAGAAAAUUACAGAAGCAAGCAUUGCAAAAUAGCUAGAAUCGUGUAUGAUAAAAAGCUCAUUCUUCUUAAAUUCGCCCGGAACUGUUUUGCAUUUUGAUCCAUGCCAUUGAUGGUUUUUGUGACUUCAAGGCAUAUUGAACCCUAACCAAGCUGGUGUUAUUUAGGCAAGCCUCAACGACAUUUUGAAAAGCAGCUUAAGUUGUGGAUCUAUCUAAUUACUUUGAAAUGGUCUUGAUAUCUAUAUUGUGUAUUGGUGAGUAGAUGGUAUGAGUUGUUGUGUUUUUACUUUUUAGUUGGGAUCAUGCACAAAAUGAUUUGUGUACUAAAAUGUAGCAUCGCUCCUUCACUAGUCUGUCGUUCAACUUCCGUCUUGUCAUGCACUCACUUUAUCUUUGCAAUUCAGUAUGUUUGUAUACCGAAUUCUAAUA